AUGAGAAAAACAGCAAAACGUGAGUCAAUUCACAGCAAACAUGUGCUCAACAGUAGAGGUGUUGACGGCCUUCACAGCAAUCGCUUCAUUGAAGAGUUGACGCAAUAUUUGGUGUUUUGUGUCCUCACGAAGACAUCAACGUUGGGUCCAAUGCUUAAGAAGUAUCCUAAAGACGAGGCAUUCAAGUGGUCUAAAGUGUUCAAAGGUGUCAUAUAUGUGGAGGCAGUCAUACUCUUAGGCUCUUUCUAUCUCUACCGCAAACUAUGUCGCGACCAAAAUUUCCGCUAUAAUUGCCAUCAAAAGCAUAGUUUCAUUCUUGAAACAUUUUAUAACUUCAUGGAAGUGGUCGGACACGACUACUACCGGACAAUGGACUACAAGAAGUGGAAUAUUGCCAUCACAGACAAGAAGGAUCAGUGA